GUGCUGCUCGGUGAUGGGUAAGGGGACACCGGGACCCCCGCCUCAGAUCCUCCCGGUAUAAAACCGAGCAGAGACUGUUUACUGGGCAGACUCUCCUAAACCACAGACUGAGACCCGGGUCCUUUACUUACACCAGACCGACCAGAUUCAUUAUUUAAGAACCAGAACCAGAGCCCCAUCAUGGUCCUGUCCCAGGGGAACAAGCUGAAGGUGUUCCGGGUCCAGUUCUCGGACCCGGCUCGCUCCUUCUACAGCAGCGGGGAGAAGAUGUCCGGGUCCGUGCAGCUGGAGACGGAUCAGACCUGCAGGGUCUCCCACCUCACAGUCACCGCGGCCGGCUGCGCCCGCGUGGACCACCGCGGGGGGAAGACCCGCAAGAACCGGAGCCAGGAGGUGGAGUACCUGAAGUACGAGGAGGAGCUGAGACUGGAGGAGGAGCUGAGCAGAGACUCAGACGGCUACUUCCUGCUGCAGGCGGGGAAAACCUACAACUUCCUGUUUGGCUUCGAGCUGCCGCCUGCAGGGCGUCUCGUUUCGUCAUACCGAGGAAAGUUCGGCUACGUUCGUUACUACGUGAAGGCCGUUCUGGAAAGACCUUCCCACAAUGCUUUGCAGUGUGAGCGCGAGUUUGAGGUGGAGGAGCCGCUAGACAUCAACAUACCUGACCUGCUGGCUCCUGCGGCGGCGGCGGCUCAGAAGAAGGUCACAUGUAUGUUCAUCCCUGACGGUCAGGUGUCGCUCAGCGCUAAGAUCGACAGGAAGGGUUUCUGCGAGGGCGAGGACAUCAGCAUCAACGCCAAGUUUGAGAACACGUGUUCACGCAUCGUCGUGCCCAAAGCCGCCAUCAUCGCCAAACACUCGUACAUGGUGGACGGACACACUAAGGAGCUGUGUCAGAAGCUGUGCGCGGUGCGGGGGAACCACAUCAUCUCUGGGAUGUGUGACAUGUGGCAGAGUAAGACCAUCAGAGUCCCCAAACUGAAGCCCACGCUGCGGGGCUGUGACAUCAUCAGGGUGGACUACGCCCUCAGGAUCUACCUGCACGUCCCAGGCAGCGAGAAGCUGGUGGUGGAGCUGCCGCUGGUCGUGGGCACGGUGCCGUUCAGCGGCGUGGGCAGCAGGACCAGCAGUAUGAGCAGCCAGGCCGGGUCCCUGAGCAGCUCGACCUCCUUCCCCACCGCGCCCCCCAGCUACAGCAACAUCCACCGAGACCUGAGGGCGGACGGCCCGCUGACCCCCCUGCUCCACGACUACGACGGAGGGGACGACGACGAGGAAGAGGCGGGGCUGUUCAUGAGGGCGCCAGAACUGCUGUACCCCCCUCCCCCAGCCUACACCGAGGUGGAUCAGGACCGUGAGAACCCUCCUCAGGUCCAGGUCUUCUGAGGUCUUCCUCUUGUGGGGACAGCUCCCGUUGCUGACUCAGCAUGUUUUGAUUCUGUAGGUUUGUAAAUAUGAUGUAAAAAAGGUUUCUAUUUUUAUACUGGAAUAAUAAAUCACUUUAACUUCA